GCAUCGGCUGUCCGCUCAAUUCACACCACAUCAGCGGUAAAUCAGGAUGCUGGCGCUCUUGGCAGCCGCGUUACCUGUACGCUUAUCCCAGGCGACGGUGUGGGCCCUGAAUUGGUUUAUGCCCUCCAGGAAGUUUUCAAGGCUGCCAACGCACCAGUGGACUUUGAAAACUAUUUUCUUUCAGAGGUUAACCCAAUUUUGAGUGCCAAACUGGAAGAUGUAGUCGGUUCUAUUCAGAAAAAUAAAGUGUGCAUAAAAGGAAUUUUGGCUACACCGGAUUAUAGCGUUGCUGGUGAACUUGAAACGCUAAAUAUGAAAUUGCGUAGACAACUGGAUCUGUAUGCGAAUGUAGUACACGUUCGUAGUUUGCCAAAUGUAAAAACCCGCCACCAGAACAUCGAUACAGUCAUUAUUCGUGAGCAAACUGAAGGCGAAUAUUCGGCACUUGAGCAUGAGUCUGUGAAAGGCAUUGUUGAAUGUUUAAAAAUCAUUACUUCCAAAAAGUCGAUACGCAUUGCUAAAUUCGCCUUCGAUUAUGCAACCAAAAAUAACCGCAAGAAGGUAACCGCUGUGCACAAGGCCAACAUCAUGAAGUUGGGAGAUGGUCUUUUCCUUAAGUCGUGCGAACAAAUGGCCAAAUUAUACCCACGUAUACAAUUCGAAAAAAUGAUUGUCGACAAUACCACUAUGCAAAUGGUUCAAAGACCAAACCAGUUCGACGUUAUGGUUACUCCUAACCUGUAUGGUAAUAUUCUUGACAACAUCGGUUCUGGCUUGGUUGGAGGUGCCGGAGUGGUGGCUGGCGCAUCAUAUUCUGCUGAAACUGUCGUAUUCGAGCCGGGUGCACGUCAUACCUUUGCAGAAGCUGUAGGCAAAAAUGUGGCAAAUCCUACUGCUAUGCUGCUCUGCGGCGCAAAAAUGUUGCGUCAUGUAAACUUGCCAACCUACAGUGAACUGAUAACCAACGCCGUCAACAAGGUUCUAAAAGAUGGUAAAGUACGAACCAAGGAUUUGGGUGGCCAGUCGACCACACAAGACUAUACAAGAGCUGUCAUUGCCAACAUCCACUAGACAACCGAAAGAAAAUUUUAAAAAUAUGUAACACAUUAAAUCAAAGCUUAAAAACAACGGUAAAUGUCUGCUUUCAGUGAAAUUGAAAGACGGUCAUUCAAGCAGGCUAAAAAUUUCGUCAAACACCCACGUUAUGAAGAAUUUACCCCAAACAUUGUUUUUAGUAGAUACUAAGUAUUAAUUUGGCGAGUAUAUACUUUUCGUAAACAUUUUAUGUAAAGCCUUUGUUAAAUGCAACUUCCCAUUGACAAAAAAAACCGCGGAAUAUCUAAAAGCCUUGGAUGGUGAUCAAGUUUUAUGUUAAUUCAAAUUUACAAGCACAAAAUAUGUAGUUAAAAUUUUAAGAUCCAAUACCUAUGUAACAUAAUACCUAUGUAACUUAAUUGUUUAAUAUUUAUUUGCUGGCCUUUUGAUUAUGAACCACAGCUAUUUGUUGUGAACCAUGCAGACACCAUCUUAUAUAAAUCCUAAUGUAUUAUUUGUUUUGUCUAUAUUAUGUAUACAUAUUUAUAAAAUUGUACUCUUAUCAAAUUGCAUGUGACAAAAAAUAUAACUAAAUUCAUAGAAAAGCUCGCUUCAUAUGUAUGUAUGUAUGUUUGGCAUGCCAUAUACGCACAUCCAUACAUACAUGCAUGUAGUAUAUGUAUGUCCCGAACUUUACUUAUUUGACGAAAAAAUUAAGAUGAAAUAAAAUCAGUUGUAUUAAUACAUAUGUAUGUA